AUCAGUUUCAAGGUUCAGGCUGAGGUGUCUUGAGGAUUAGAUUUCAGGUUGCAUAGAGAAUUCCCCAAGACGAAGGGUACUGGAUAUAGCUGAAAGUAGGAGCCAUCUUGGACCUCCAGAGAAUGUGGACUGGAUAUAAGAUCUUAAUCUUCUCUUAUCUGACUACGGAAAUUUGCACAGAAAGGCAUUAUUUAUCUGCAAAAGUAGUAGACCUGGGAGUGUAUUUCACAAGGAAUCACACAAGUGUGGAAGGUACUCGAUUCAAAAGAGCCAUUUUCCAAGGGCAAUACUGUAAAAGUUUUGGUUGUUGUGAAGACAGAGAUGACGGCUGUGUCACUCAUUUCUAUGAGGCAAAUGCAUUGUGUUACUGUGAUAGUUUCUGUGAAAGGGAAAAUUCUGAUUGCUGUCCUGAUUACAAGUCCUUUUGCCGUGAAGAGAAAGAAUGGCCUCCUCAUACACAGCCAUUGUAUCCGGAAGGUUGCUUCCGAGAUGGCAGUCGUUAUGAAGAAGGAUCAGUAAUAAGAGAAAACUGCAAUUCCUGCACAUGCUCAGGACAGAAAUGGAAAUGUUCCCAGCAUUCAUGCCUUGUUCAUCCAGAAAUAAUUGAACACAUCAAUGAAGGAGACUAUGGAUGGACAGCACAGAACUACAGUCAAUUCUGGGGAAUGACUUUGCAAGAAGGUUUCAAAUUUCGCCUUGGCACCUUGCCACCUAGCCCCAUGCUCCUGAGUAUGAAUGAAAUGACAUCUUCCUUGCCUGCUAAAGCUGACCUCCCAGAGAUUUUCAUUGCUUCUUAUAAGUGGCCUGGAUGGAUUCAUGGUCCACUGGACCAAAAAAAUUGUGCUGCAUCUUGGGCAUUUUCCACUGCAAGUGUGGCAGCUGACCGAAUUGCAAUCCAAUCUAACGGUAGAUACACAGCCAAUCUCUCACCUCAGAAUUUAAUCUCUUGUUGUGCCAAGAAUCAUCAUGGAUGCAAUGGUGGAAGCAUUGACAGGGCUUGGUGGUACCUGAGAAAACGUGGACUGGUAUCUCAUGCAUGCUAUCCGCUUUUCAAAGAACAAAAUACCACCAAUAAUAUCUGUGCCAUGGCAAGUAAAUCCGAUGGGCGGGGUAAAAGACAUGCCACAAAGCCAUGUCCCAAUAGCAUAGAGAAAUCUAACAAGAUCUACCAAUGUUCUCCUCCAUACAGAGUCUCUUCCAAUGAAACUGAAAUAAUGAGAGAAAUUAUACAAAAUGGACCAGUUCAAGCCAUAAUGCAAGUCCACGAUGAUUUCUUCUACUACAAGACAGGGAUAUACAGACAUGUUAUCAGCACAAAUGAAGAAACAAAGUAUCAAAAGCUUCGGACACAUGCGGUCAAACUCACUGGAUGGGGCACACUGAGAGGAGCACAAGGGAAGAAAGAAAAAUUUUGGAUAGUUGCAAAUUCCUGGGGAAAGUCAUGGGGAGAGAAUGGAUAUUUUAGGAUCCUUCGAGGAGUAAAUGAAUCUGACAUUGAAAAGUUGAUUAUCGCUGCUUGGGGCCAACUGACAAGUUCAGAUGAACCAUAGCUAUUAAAUUUCCAUAAGGUCAUGCAUUUAAGAAACUGCAUGACUGAGUUAUCUUGUGAGGUUCUCCUUCAAGGUGGCGACUUUUCCUCUUCAUUGCACAUAGACUGUUCUCUGUUCUUCUGCUGUCUUUACAUUAUUGACUAUGUAAAAACAUUAAUAAAGGAAAGAGUUGCUAAAUAA